AUGCAGACAACCGUCGGUAUCGCCGGAAUAUCGGGCAAACUUGCACAAUGCCUCGUCAAAGAGCUACUCAAAUAUCCAGAAAUCGUGAUAAGAGGAUAUUGUCGAAGCCUGCAGAAGCUUCCUCCGUCAAUCUCUCAAUCAAAGAGGAUCGUCCUCAUAAAAGGGGGGUACGAUGACCGGGAAAAUGCCCGGAAAUUUGUCCAGGGAUCCGAUGUGGUGGUCUGUUGCUAUUAUGGGGGUCCAGAGCUGAUGACACAUGGACAAGAAAUAUUGAUCGACGCUUGUGAGGACGCAGGCGUAAACAGGUAUAUCGCGAGUGACUUUGCGGUUGACUACACCAAAAUACCACGCGACGCUAUCUUUCCGAAGAAGUCGGCUCAAAUCGUGAUGGAGUAUCUCACGACUAAGAAAGUGUCAGGCGUGCACAUUCUAACAGGUGGAUUGAUGGAGACAUUCUGGAGCGAUUUCUUUGGGCUUUAUAACUCCGACAAUCGUUCAAUUUCAUUCUGGGGCACAGGGGAUGAGCAGUGGGAUUUGACCACUUGCACGACUGCUGCAGCGUAUACUGCCGCCUUGGCUCUUGACAGAAAUGCCAAAGGGGUAUUCCGAUUUCGGGGCGAUCGCAAGAGCAUCAAGGACAUCAAGGGAAUCUUUGAGACGGUCUAUGGAAUCCCACUUCAUCUCAAGCAAAAAGGGUCUAUAGAUGAGCUAUAUCAAACCGUCGAGGAAUCAUUCAACAUGAAUCCGGAAGAUAUUUCAAGUUGGGCGCCCAUGUAA